AAAAUAUUUUUUGCCAUUUAAAUAUUUUCACGAUUUCUUGGAGCAAUUUUGAGCCGAAACUUCAUAUGAACAUCGUAUAUGUGCAGUGAAUGAAAUACAACGUGCUUUUGUGGCUAAGCUACGAAGAUUUUUGCUAGUUUCUAGCUAUAUAAACGUACCGACACUCAUUUAAUUUAUCAAAACAUAUUUACAUGGUCAAGUAAACAUUACAUCAAUGGAUGAUUUGACAUCAGAAAAAGCUAAACCCAAGAAAACGGGCCCAGCAAGACCUCCACCACCACGGGCUAUGCAAGUCAGAAACGAUCUACCUUCGACAGUACGAAGACACUACGAGGAACUGUCCGAUUUUCGCGUAGAGCGUGUGAGAUGGUUUUACUACGAGGACAAAAAGUGGUCACCUUUUUGUGGUCAGGAUUCGUUAAAAAUUGAGCAAUGUUUUCGUCGCAUGCCCAGAAAAGAUGUCAAAACAUUGCCAGAUUUUUAUGAAGUGUGUACGGUGCUCGGUGGACUUUACGAUGCCGACGUUGCAAGACGUAUUUGUAAACCCGUUUACUGGAAAGGUUCAGUACUUUAUAUAAAGCGCCCUGUUUAUAUUUCAUUAAUUUAUUAACUCAUUACAUUAACUCUGGUGUAAUGCCAGGGCUGCAAAUUACUGUCGGACAUCGGACAAUGUCCGACUAAAUUUGGCAAAUGUCCGAGCAAAAGUAAUUUUGAUCGGACAUUGGUCCGAUCACAAAAAAAUUGUCACAUUAUACAUUUUUUUGCUGUGACAAAAUCCGAUUGCAAAUUCACUCAAUUUGCAUUUUGCAAUAAAAUUUACAAGGUAUUCUAGCAUUUUACGUAACAUUGCGCCGGAAUGGCUAUACCUGUACAUACUUGUCUCGUGACUUAUAUAUAUUUAUCUUGUGACGUAUAUAUAUGUCCGACACCAAAUUUAGUGGUGUUGGUUUUUGUCCGACCAAAUUCAAGUUAUGUACGACCAAAAUUAAAAGUGAUCGGACAAAUGUCCUGUCAAGUCAAAUAUUUAUUUGCAGCCCUGAAGGCCGUUUCCACUUCAACGAUAUCGUACCGUAGCGUAUUUCUUUGUUUCCUGAGCAUUCGAGUGGAUCUAUAAAUGACUUUGACAUGAAAGGUGGCAGGGUACAGUUAAGGUUGCAGUGGAAACAGCCUUUAUAUGGAACCUGUGCUGGCCCGCUUAGUGGGACAGCUCGGUAAGCGGGAUAUGAAUUUCGCUUGUGUUUACAUGAGAAAAUUUCAUCCCACUUUGCCGGGACAAUUUUGUUGUUUUGACAGUUGUUAAAAAUAGCUUGCGGCAGCAUCUUUGAACUUUCAUCUCGGCAACUGGGCCAGCCUGCUUGUGAGUGUAUAUAUGGUGAUCUCGCUUUUCCAUAUUAACACACAGUAAUUUCUACUAUAAAAGUAACUACUCUCUUACUGGGCUGUCUCGCUACUGCCUUGUCCCUCGUUGCUUCAGUUGGGAAUAGAGAUCAGUGGAAAAACAAUGGGAGCGCGGGGCUUAAUGGGAGAUGUCACUAAGCGCCAACCUGACUUUCAUAUAAACAGCCCCUUGGACAAAGUAAAAUAAAAAUUAGAAUGCAUUACAGUUUAAUUAAUGUGUUAACAAGAGACAUUGGGUCGUUCCAGAAAAGAUCCCCACUUCCCCCACAGAGGAGAUUUCUGCUGUCCGGAGGGGGAGGGGAGAAAAAAUUGUUUCUGAUAAUAGUAAAUGUAUUAGGACAUCCGAAGGGGGUAGGGGGUUAACUUCCUAUUUCCUCCGUGGGGGUGGUAUGGAUGUUUUCUGGAAUGACCCAUUGCCAGAUAAACUGGUUUUGUUAAACCAGACCCAACAAUUUACCUUCACAAAUGAAAUAACAUCAAAGGUGUUGACAAGAAGUUUGACUUCCGGAAGUAUUUAUUCUGUGAUACAGGUCCGCAUUCUGCACACUCAGAAUACUAACUUCUGUUUGACAAACUGUAAAAUCAUCUGACAUUAGCUGGAGUUAAUUAAAUAACAAAAAUACUUUCAGGCAUGAGUUUGACAUCCUCAUAACGGCAGAUGAUUUUACUCGUUAAGACGACAGUGUAAAUCCUUACUUAGCAAUCAAUAUUCCUUACAGCCGAUCCUCUACAAAUCUGCCGAGGUACUUGGUUCAAAGGUUCCGCCAGUGAAAAUCACUGGAUUCCACUUGGUGAAGAAGAAGCAAUGUCUAUUGAAAAUUCUCAUCAAACUUUGUGGCGAUCUAUGGUACUAGUUUGUAUGAUACUUGGUAGUGGUACAGUAAUUAGUGCCUGUUCUGUCCACUUUUUUGACUGGGUUUAAUUCUUUCCAUUCUUGCAUAAUUAUGCAUUUGAACGAUUAUAUCUCCACCUCAUUCACAUGUGAGAAGAGUGCUUGAGAUCCAGUUUGACCUUUAUGAACACUGCAAGCCAUGCAUGGCCACAUUUUGAGGGGAGGUGGUUUGCACCUCCCCUGAGAUUCUUUGCACCUCCCUGAAAAGUCAUGCAUCUCCCGUUGGGAAUGGCAGUUAAAAUUUGACAAAUUUCUUUGUGUUUGUAAAAACAUUUUUCAAAAGAAACUUUGCAUUGAAUGGCAAAAUUGGUCAAGUUGUACCAGUCAUAAUUCACAAAUAUGUGCAUAUGUCACAUAGUUGACUUUAUGGGGGCAGGAGUACAUUCUAAGCCCUAACAUUCCAGGGGAACCAUGAGCUAGGAUUGCUGCACCUCCCCUAAACAGUUUUCCACCUUCCCCACCAUUUCCACCUUCCCCAGCAUUUCCACCAAAAUCCAGCCUUGCUGCAAACUUUCUCUUAGUGCUUUGGUUCCCUAACUUUAGAGAGGACAAUGCUGUCCAGGUAGCAAAUAAAUGUAGUUUAAAGUUGUGUUAUUUUUAAACUUUCUUAUCAAGGGGUUAAAUCCAGGUGCCCCACAUGUAAAUAUGACAUCAAACACUGGUGAAACCAUUAAUGACGCAGAAAACAAAAAUGGUAACGUUUCUAAAUUAUUAUAUUUAUACCUAAUUCCCAGACUCAGGGUGGAACUACUGUGGGGUGCAAGGCACCAUGCACCUUAAAAAAUCUGCUUGACCAUACAUUUUUUGUUUUUCAAAUAGCGAUUAGCGGAACGUCUACUGUUAACACGUGUCAAUUUCUCGAAACAAUUUAUUGUGAGUUCACGAGAAAAUACUCGGAAUGCUUUAGUUAAAUAUCAUGUUUAAAUAUGUAAACAUGUCGAGGUUGCUAUACAGCCAUAUUUUCAAAUAUACUGUACUUUAACAAGCAAAUUUACUACACUGUGCUACAAAGCAAAUUUACUAUACUGUGCUACAGCAACUGUCCAGUCACGCUUACGUGAUAAACAGCCGAUAUAAACUUUAUAAACAAAACAUAUGUAAAAGAACGGCGAACAUGCAGAUUCGGCCAUCUCAAAUUAUGGGAAUGUCAAGAUAGUAGCGUUGCAGAGGAGAGUGGCCAGUAAAGCUCCCUCAUGCACCACCUCAUGGAAAACCUGCACCCCUCCUUACAGAUGAGGCUAGAUCCGCCCUUGUGACUCAUUAUUUGGUACAGUCAUUCUUCAAAUAAUCGACCUCAUUAAUUGACAAUUUUUGUGAUCAUCUCAAUCUCUAUUCAAUUCCUUGCAGUUUUGUGUCGACUACAACUCUCGGGUUACUAUGUCGAGUGGACUGACCUCACCGAGGUGUGGUUACAUAGCGAAGGCAUGACAUCGAAGAUAAUCCGCGGGAUGGUACAAAAGAUUGGGGGCUCAACUGGUGUCCAUGCCACGCCCCUACAUCGCGGCUAUCACACAGAAUGCAGCGAGACAGACUGUCCUGCUGAUGUGACACAUUUGGUGUUUGUUAUUCAUGGUAUUGGGCAACUCAUGAAUAACACUAUUAAUGAAUGUUGCCAUAUGUAAGUCAGGCAGGAGACUUCGAUACAUUAAUCGUCCCCCUCCAGCGCAAAGAUAAUUCGAAUAAAUCACUCCCACAUUCCUUGUGUUCUAUCUCCAAUAAGAAAGUGUUUGGAGCGUUUCUAAUGUCCAUUUAAUUCAUUUUUGUUGUCCUUUAAAAGGACAGCAAGUUGGGAUGUUUCAAGCACUACUAACAAGCAACAACUGGUGAAAAAAUCUAUAUAAAAAAUAUGUACAUAUAUCACUCAGCGCUCUGAAAUUAUGUAGAUUUAGUUUCAAGAGCAAAUGUUAAAAAACGUUUCAAUAAAAAAGAUAACCAGCGACCUCUUCAGUUUCUAGAUAAUUAGGUAGGUCGACGACCUACCAACUGUGCUACAAAGAGCCGCGCUACCAAUAGCCUGUAAAGCAGGCGUUUUAUUUGAAACGCGGGGAGGUGACGCCUUUUCAGAGCGCUGCACCUCCAAAAUUGCGUUCUUCGCAAAUUUUCCAUCUACAUCAGUUCUAUCGGACAAGAUGCCCCAACUCUUUACCCUCAGUGAAACCCUGAGCUAUUUCUUUAUGUUCAGGUUGCGCUGUGGAUCGAAGCAGAUUGCAGAAAAAUAUUUUGCAGAAGAGAACAAGAAAGGUCGAGUCGAAUUUGUCCCGGUAGAAUGGAGAUCAUCGCUGAAGCUGGACGAAGGAGUUCUUGACCUCGUUACUCCGCACACUGUACGAGGCGUACGAAAUGUGAUCAAUACCAGCAUGAUGGACAUUAUGUAUUAUACUAGUCCAUUUUACCGUGAAGAGGUCAGUGUGUACCAUUUCCAUAUUCUAUUACUAAUCCAAUUUUAUUUAUACUUUAUUGUACUCGAUAUAGCUAUACACAGUUUUCUGCCUGCGUUGUCGCAGGUGAGUUGUGGCUUGAUUUACACAGUACAACUCAAGUUGUAAGCAAGUUGCAUGCAAAAAAGGUUCAAAAAAAGGACCAAAAAUGUCCGAAAAAGAGGACCAAAAAAGGUCCAAAAUAGAGGUCCAAAAAAGAGGUCCAAAAAUAGAGGUCCAAAAAUAGAGGCCCAAAAAUAGAGGUCCAAAAAUAGAGGUCCAAAAAAGAGGUCCUAGAGGGAAAAGUUUUUUAAUGGUUAAAAACAUUAAAGCUUGUAUAGUUUCAUUUAGCUUAUGGCCUGAAAGGUUUUUAAUUGGUUGGCAAUGCGAACAGUCAUUGUGCUUUUAAAAAUAAUUUCUAACGAGUGAUCCUUAAUGAAUAACCUGAAUUUUAAAUAUGAAAGACAAUUAUUAUCACUGCACAAGUUGCUUACACUGCACCUUGAAAUAUAAUUCCCCCUAUACGUCCCCCUUAUAUAUAGGUCCAGUGUUAAUACAGAAUGUAGACUUGGGUCUAUACAGUCUGUAAUGAGAUCAGUUUCAUUUUCAACCAUAAUCUAAUGCUCUCUGUCGUUUUCAGAUCAUUGUGUUUGUGAAAAACGAGCUAAACAAGCUCUACAACUUGUUUUUAUCCCGACACCCUACGUUUCGUGAAAAUGGCAAGGUCUCGAUAAUCGCACACUCAUUGGGCAGCGUCAUAGUCUACGAUAUCUUAGAAAGAUGGGACUUGAGACUUCGAGAUAUGGAGGCGAGCACGCAAAAUAGAUUCGUCACAGACAGUAUCAACUAUUUUAACUCGAUGGAAGAAAAUCGGAAUUCGAAUUCAUCCCUGCCUGGGGAGUCGAAGGAAAAUCCCAUUCAUGUAGAGCUUGCUCAAGCACAACUUAGAUUAGAGGAGUUGGAUUAUAAACUUCACAAUCAAAUGUCGGGGUUAAGCAAUGGACAAAGUUCCAAAGAUGAUUUACAGUUUAAGGUUUGUGAAAAAAAAGGAUAAGUAUAUUGAUAGGUUUCAGUCUUUUAUAGUAAGUGUUACCCGACAAAAGAUGGUGCAUGAUGAACUUCAAAAACAUUAAAAAGUUGAGAUGAGAGUUGACGAGAGUUGCCAGUCACGUAUUGUUACGGGGAACAUUUCAAGCUCUAGCGUCUGUAUUCUAAAAGCUCACUCACGCUCACACUCAAAGAGUGGAAGUUCAAUCUGAGCUUCCCUUGAGUGUCAAUGCUGUUUUUUAAUAGCUGGAGGGUUAGUGUCGUACCUUACUAUGUGAUUACUCACCCUCCCGCUAUUCAAAACCAGCAUUGACACUCAAGGGAAGCUCAGAUCGAACCUCCACUCUUUGAGUGUGAGCUUUUAGAAUACAGGUGUUAGUCUCGUGCCUUACUAUGUGACUACUCGCCCUCCAGCUAUUCAAAAACUGCACUGACACUCAACUGGGGAAGCUCAGAUUGAACCUCCACUCUUUGAGUGUGAGCAAAGAGUGAGUGAGCUUUUAGAAUACAGGUGUUAGUGUGAUAAAUGUUCCAACUAUGUUUUAACUUAAAUACAAUACAUCCUCGUUUAAUCCGGGCUUUAAGGAUGAGAGUGUAUAAGUGUUGACAGUCACGCGAGCUUGGUUAGCUGUUCUUAAUGCUUCCCCAACACUAUCAUGUAUUUUAGUUAAAACGUAUAGUUGAAACACCUAUCAAAUCUUUAUUUCGUUAAUCUAGAGCUUGAAAUGCCCCUGUAGAAAUUCGUGGUGGCACCUCUCAACGUUUGACUGUGGCUUUAUAGAAGGAAGAAAAUUCUUGCUCGCGUAUGAACACCAACUCUUAUCAACUCACAUGCACUCUCAUCAACUUUGAGCUGGUUCAAAUUUUGAUGAAAGUUGAUGAGAGUUUUCGCUACGAGCGUGGUAAUAUCCAGUCAACUCUCAUGCAACUCUCGUGCAACUCUUGUUCUCGUUUGACAGGGGAAAACUCUCGCUUCUCGUUUGACCGGGGCAUGAGAGUUGAGAAAACUCUCAUACAAACUCUCGCUUCUCAACUCUCAUGCAACCCUUGUUCUCGUUUGACAGGGGAAAACUCUCGCUUCUCGUUUGACCGGGGCAUGAGAGUUGAGAAAACUCUCAUACAAACUCUCGCUUCUCAACUCUCAUGCAACCCUUGUUCUCGUUUGACAGGGGCAAACUCUCGCUUCUCAACUCUCAUCAACUCUCAUGCAACUCUUGUUCUCGUUUGACCGGGGCACGAUAGUUGAGAAAACUCUCACACAAACUCUCGCUUCUCAACUCUCAUACAACUCUUUUUCUCGUUUGAACAAACUCUCACUUCUCAACUCUAGGCCAUUAGACCACCACAUAAAUUUACAAUCGGCAAGAAUUAACGUUAUUUUUUCUGAUAACUUGACCACCAUCUACUGCACGACGAUGUGAACUCUUAAAAUGUAAUCUGUCACGGUAUUAUUCCAUUUCUAGGUUACCAAUUGCUUUCUGGUCGGUUCACCAUUAGCGGUAUUUUUCACCCUACGGGGAUUUCGUCCUGGUGAGGAAACGGAGAAAGCCGUCAUGCCUCAGAUUGUCUGCGAGAGAUUGUUUAAUAUCUACGAUCAAUGUGAUCCUGUGG